GUUUGUUUAUAUUUACUAUCAACAGAGUGCCUGAAUACACGGCGUAUGUAUUUUUGCAAUCUGUUCCAUUGUUGAAUACUUAUCACCUAUAAAACUCUUUUUCGGUCAUUCGGCGUGCUUAUCAUCAAUAGUGAGUCAAUAAUUGGAACAGUGUUUAGGGUCCUAAGAUAAAAAAUUUCAUCAAAGAUUCGUAGCUGAUACAGAAUCCAGAGCAGUGUCCUUUCGUCAUUGGCGAAUACGUCGUCAAACGGUGUGUUGCAUGCUCCCUUCACAAGCAAAACCAAAACAGUAAUAAUUGAUGAGAGCAUCAUAAACAUAGCUGUUUAGAACGGCUGCUGUUUUUUUGUGCCUGUAUAUAAAUCCCAUUCCAUUCGUACGUCUUGUGACAUCUUGCGAAACGAAAGUGAGAAAAUUAUUAAUAGAACAAGUGUACAUAUUGUCUCCACCCACACCGUCGUUUGGCCUUGCAGUUGUCAACGAAAACAACAAAUUUUGGCACUGCACUUGCUCACAUCGUCUCUCCGGUUCCCGUAGUUGGUACGCAAAAUUCGCCUUUGGCAGAUUUUCACCCGUGGCAUAAUGGUGGGACAGCACAAAUUUCAGCUAGCCGAUGUGUCCGUUCUGAACCGAGACCACGUCAAAAUACGCGACCCGGACAAGGUUCAGCAUAUGCUGAACGAACUGGUGGCCGGUGGCAUAGAGAAGCUGCAGAUGGUGACGGAUUUCGAUUACACAAUUACGAAGCAGAAGCUUGACAAUGGGGAGAAAAUUCUCACCAGCUUUGGGAUGUUCAACGAGUGCAGGUCGUUACCUGUACAUGUGCUGGAGGAGUCGCAGAAACUCUUCGAGAAGUAUCGCCCGAUCGAGAUCGAUCCGCUCAUGCCGCUCGAUGAGAAGAUUGUGUACAUGAUCGAAUGGUGGACGAAAACGGGAGAGUUGCUGAAGUAAGUACAUUGCAUUAUUUUAUUUUAUAGAACGCGAGAGAGUAAGUGAUAGAACUUAAAUUACAUCGGUGAUCAUCAACGAGGAAUGAGUUCUAAAAAUUUUCAUUAAACCGUCAAUGUGGACACAAUGGAAUGAGAACUGGUCCAAGCUGUAGGUUGAAACUGCUGCUAAGAGAUGUUUUUUGAAUUUGUGAGAAGGAAAGCUCAGAUAGUCUCAUGAACAAUAUAACAACUCCUUACUUUUCUUUUUUGAUUUCAUUCUCACGGGACGCCGAUAAAGAUUAUGAAGAUCGAUCCAUAAUUUCCCGCCGUAUUCUAUCUAUGUUGACAUCCCCAGUCCCAUUCGUUAGGCUUCCGCUUCUCCAUAUCUACAAGGAUACAAUAGAUAGAAGAUAUUAUUUGCUGCUCCAGCAUUGUUCGACACAAUUAUGGCUACAGUAUUGAUGGUCAUUGCCGUCGUCUUGUGUUUGGCUAUUUGCAGAUGCCUGACGAGGCUUUUGUGGUGAUGAAACUGAUAGCAAACUAUUUGUGGUGAUGAAACUGAUAGCAAACAAACUAUGAAUUUACAAAAGACAUCCCAAAAGAAAUACCGACUGAGAAAUGUGAUAUUUUCACUCACUAAAACUAUGCCUUGUGCGCCAACCAAAAAAUCUGCGAACCGAAUGACGUGGAGUAACAGUAGUCGUGCCAAAAUCACUUGCUCUAUUCUAGAAGACAUGCUGGUUCUUACAUUUUAAGAAUGAAAUUCGAUUUCGGUCAUAUGACCAUCAUGAACCCGUUUACGGCGAUCGAUCCGUUGGGCCCAAUUUUCACCCAUUUCGACCGGAAUGUCGCGAAUUUUGGGUUCGAUUUUUUAUCUCUGAGCUCCUCUAAAGUUGCUGGAUUGUUGACAUAGACCAGUGACGUGGCAUAGCCCCAUAAAAAGAAAUCCAAUUGCGCCAAAACGCAUGAACGAAUCGACAGUCCCACUUCUCGGAAUAACACGUUCACCAAACUUACGUUUCAAUAAAUUCGUUGUAACGCGCGCUGUGUAGCAAGUGGCACCGUCUUGUUAAAACCACAUAUAAUUGAUGUUAAAAUCUUCCAAUUUUUGGCCAAAAAUAGUCUUCCAAUAUGUCGCGAUAGCGCUCUCCAUUGACGGUAACAUGACGGUCGCUGUGUUCAUCGCAUCUGUUUAUUAGGCUCAUUUAGCAAUUCGACUGUAACAGAGCCGAAUUUAUUCAUGUAUAUUUUUUAUCUUAAGAUAUUUUUGUUGUAUAUGGAUGCUUCACUUGCCCAAUCGAUUAACUAUAUUUUUUUAAUAUUAUUAUUUUUCAGUAUCAAACACUUGAUUAGCUCCUAACUGUAUAUAUUAAAAACAAAUUUCUUUAAUAAUAAGUAUUAACACCACUAAAUGACAAAAUCUUUUUAGCCAUUGAAUAAUAAAUAAUAAUAAAAUAUAUAAUGUUUCAUAAUUUUUCUCAACAAUUGAAGCAUCCAUAUUACACUGUAGCCAUUUUUAGACGUAAGGGUAUUCCUAUCUAUCGAUAAACGUUUGAUUUAUCUAUUACAUAGUAGCCAUUGAGGCGUAAGAGUAUUCCUAUUCUAUCGAUACACAUGUCGCCUUUUUCGGCGCAAGAAUUUUUCUUAUUGUUCGAAUGUUCACAGCGGGACUGUUGAUAUGAGGCUUCCAUUGUUGUGUUAUUAAUAGUGCCAAUUACCGAUGCAGCAGAUCGUAAUGUGAGCGGUAAGGGGCUGGGAUUACAUGACGGUCGCUCUCAUCGAUGAAAAAAUACGACCCAAUCAUACCUCCGGCAUGUAAACCACAUCAAAUAGUAAUUUUUUGGGGAUUCAAUGGUGUUUCUUGAAGCACAUAUGGGUUUCCAUCUAACCAAUACCACAUAUUUUGCUUGUUGGCAAUGUCAAUUAUCCGGAAACCGUCCUCAUGAAGCUGAAGAUGAUUUUGUGAUGAAAAUCAUCAUUUUCUUCAAGAUGCUUCAGAGCCCAAUCGGAGAAGUUUGGGCACUUUAUAUGGUCAAGUGGCUUCAGUUCUUGAGUCAAUUUGAUCUUGCAAGGAUGUAACCCAAGAUCUUUUCAAAAAACAGGAAGUGGGUUAUAUCUAUGGUAUAACCGCAAGGUGACGUAGGACUAUCGUUGAUUUAGAGAUCAUUUGUUUGAAGUUGAAUCUGAAUUCAUUCUGAAUGAAUGAAUAUUUGGGGGACUUCGAAAACGAGAGUGUUACGUUGGAUGCACAAGGUUUUAUGUAUCCAAUAUUGGAUACGGAAAUAUUCUACUGAUGGGGAAGAAUAAUCUUCAGAAUCUAUUCUGUUAAUUGCGAUUGAUCGAAAAAUCACAAAACCAAAUGUAUUUGGUCACAGUGUUACAUGGAUAGAAAACAUUCAAAUUAACUCUUUCACAUGAAUGUAUUUU